GACAAAGAAGCAAGUGGCCCCAUGGGGAAAGGGGGUGAGAAAGGAGGGGAGUCGGGGGAGCCGGAGGCGCAGAUCCGCUUCUACACCUGGGAGGAGAUCCAGGAGCACAACCUGAGGACGGACAAGUGGCUGGUGAUAGAGCGAAAGGUUUAUAAUGUCACCAAGUGGGCAAACAGACACCCGGGGGGUCAACGAGUGAUCAGCCACUGCGCCGGCGAAGAUGCCACGGAUGCAUUCCAGGCCUUCCAUAUCAAUCCCGCCUUGGUGCAAAAGUUUCUCAAGCCGUUACUUAUUGGAGAGCUUGCUCCAGGGGAACCCAGCCAGGACCGAGAUAAAAACUCCCAGCUGGUGCAGGAUUUCCGGACCCUGAGGAAGACAGCAGAGGACAUGAACUUGUUCAGAGCAAAUCCUUUGUUCUUCUCUCUUUACUUGGGCCAUAUUAUUGCAAUGGAAGUUUUGGCUUGGUUAAUGGUUUCAUACUUUGGUACUGGCUGGAUCACAACUUUCAUCCUCGCCUGCAUCCUUACAACUUCCCAGGCCCAGGCAGGUUGGCUGCAACAUGAUUUUGGACACCUCUCUGUCUUUAAGAAGUCCUCCUGGAACCACAUCGUCCACAAGUUUGUCAUUGGACACCUGAAGGGUGCCUCUGCCAACUGGUGGAACCAUCGUCACUUCCAACACCACGCCAAGCCCAACAUAUUCAAGAAGGACCCAGAUGUGAACAUGCUGCAUAUUUUUGUCCUCGGAGAUACACAGCCUGUUGAGUAUGGCAAGAAGAAGCUGAAGUACCUGCCUUACAAUCACCAGCACGAGUACUUCUUCCUCAUCUUCCCGCCUCUGCUCAUCCCUGUGUAUUUCCAAAUCCAAAUCAUCUCGACCAUGAUCAGGCGCAGGUUCUGGGCGGACCUAGCCUGGGCCAUCAGCUACUACAUGCGCUACUUCAUCACAUACAUCCCAUUCUAUGGCGUUCUGGGAUCCCUGUCUCUCCUCACUUUUGUCAGGUUUCUGGAGAGUCACUGGUUUGUGUGGGUCACCCAGAUGAAUCACAUUCCAAUGGAAAUUGAUUGUGAGAAGCACAGAGACUGGCUUAGCUCUCAGGUGGCAGCCACUUGCAAUAUCGAGCAGUCCUUUUUCAACGACUGGUUCACUGGGCACCUGAAUUUUCAAAUCGAGCACCACCUGUUUCCAACAAUGCCACGGCACAACUUCUGGAAGGUGAAGCCUUUGGUGAAGUCAUUAUGUGCCAAGUAUGGAGUCCAAUAUGAAGAGAAGCCUCUUGGAAAAGCAUUCGUAGACAUUGUUGGGUCCCUAAAGAAAUCUGGAGAUCUAUGGCUGGAUGCUUACCUCCAUAAGUGAAGAUGAAUCUUAAUGGGGAGGUGUGAGUGACAGGGAGGGAUGG